AUGAGUACAUCAGCAACAGUAGCAGCCAUUCCUUCAUCACCAUCGGCAGCAUCGGAUGUUCUUCUUUAUACAACACUGGAGGCUGAGUCACCAAAUAAUACAAAUCCUAACGAUCACAAUACAAUAGAUCCAUCAUAUAAUUAUCCUAUUUGGAUUCCUUGGGCUAUUUGUGGAGUAUUAUUCUUUGUUAUUUUCAUCAUUACUUCAAUUGCUGUUUGUUUAUUUCAAGAUAGGAGAGAAAAGAGUUUUAUUGCUUUGGUUACUUCAAUUGUGGGAAUUUCUCUGGUUGUAUUUUCAAUCUUUGUUGUUCCUGUUGAUAUCUUUAAUGUUUCUCAAACUUUUGAUCCAAAGGAAAAUUCCCUCGUCAUUAAGAUUCUCUAUUAUAGUAUUUAUUUAAUAUUAUUGAUUUUUGGCUCUGUCAUUAUUCCAUUUGCUUAUUUCUGGUAUGAAGAAGAUCCAAAAUUAGGAGAGAAUGAAGAUGAUGAUGACAAAUUGUUUCACACUAUCAAAUUUACACUCUUUACAUUCAUUGCAGGUAUUUUGAUUAUCAUUAUGGGUCUUGUCAUGUCUGCUAUUAGUGGAACUGUUGCUGAUAAGAAUAGUGUUACUGAUUGGUUGAAACAAUUGGUAGAUGUCGAACAUUUUGGAGAUAGAGCUAUUAGAUUCAUUGUUGGUUGUUUGGCUGUUGUGGGUUGUUUUGGAUUCAAUAUUUAUACAGCCUAUGGUCUCUCUGCUUUACCAAUUGGAUUAAUGAAGAGAAAAUAUCUCACCUACAAGGAUGAAAAUGUUGUGGAUAGAAGGGCUGAUGAAGUUGAUGAAGAAAUUGACCUCCUUCAAAAGAAAUAUAGAAUGAAGGGAACUUCCAUGAAUAGAGAAGAUCAAAAGAAGUAUGACAGACUCAGACAAGAAAAGACAGAACUCGAAAAUACCUCAAUUAGAAUUGAAAGAUCCAAGAAGAGUAUCAUUGCCAAGUUGGAACCAUGCAUGUAUCCAUUUAAAUUAUUGAUUGGAUUUGGUAUUUUGGUGGUAAUCAUUUUCCUUCUAAUUUCUCUACUCAUCAACUUGAUUUAUAGAACUGUUACCAGCAAGUGUGGUAUUGCUUGUGGAUUUGUCACUGAAGAAAAUUGUUAUUUCAAUCCUUUGGAUUUAUUGCUCACCUACAGUUCCAUUAUUUUCCCAAUUGACUAUAUUAUUUUAGCUUUAAUUAUUUGCUUAUUUAUUUGGGCAAGUAUGGUUUCACUUUCAACUAUUGGAUUGAGAUUCUUGUGUGUUAAAUUAUACAAGUUAAAGGUCAGAUCAACUGUUCCACAAGGUUUAUUAACUUCUGGAAUUUUCCUCAUGUUUAUCAUGUUGGCAACCUCCUUCAUGUUACCAAGUUUUGCUCCAGUCUAUACUACCUUUGGUUCACAAAAAUAUCAAGAUUCAACUGGAGCUUGGAAGCAAUGUGCAUUGGCUGCCUUCAACUUUACAGAACAUAAACUAUCUCAGAAUGUUAACAGCGUGACAAUUGGUGUUCCUGUUUUCAGUAUUAUUUUCUACUUUGAAAAUUGGUUAUUUGUACUGUGCUUUAUUAUUGGGUUCAUUGUUUCAAUUUUCAAAAAGCCGGCAUCAUUUGAAGAAGCAGAUACUUAUGAUCAUGAUGAGGAAAUUAUGAAACGACCACUCAGGGGAAGGUCCUACAAAGAGUAUGCCACAUCUUCAACACGAUCAAGUAUGUCUUUAAACUCUUACAAUGCCAUCAACUAA